UAUUGGUAUAAUGUACUGACAAAAAUAGUUAAGUGUAUUAGUAGGAAUUGUAGUUAUAUGAGUUCUGUAUCGUUGCAUCAAUGUCGACCAACUGGUGUCUUCAGGGUUCAAAAGCCUGUAUCGUUAUCCGUUCGGCGACUAAGAGUUUGCCGACGUCUUAAAAGAAUGACAAAGAAUUCAACUACUCGAGUGGUUUUCGCUCUUCUUCUCGGUGGUCUCAUUAGUUUCACAUUUAGCGUUUGGACAAGUCAUUUGGUUCGAUUUCCAACCAUACCUUGCAAACGUGUUCUUAAAACACACGUGGACAAUGCGGUUAGCAAUGUUAGAACUCGACCGAAACGGCUAAGAGAUGAGCUAAACGCGAAGGGAUUUUUAUUUGUAUCCGUCAUGACUUCCAGUAUGUAUAUUGGCACAAGAGCUCGUGGAGUUUAUGAUACUUGGGGAAGAGACGUACCCGGCCGUUUGAACUUUUUUACCGGUAAAAUAAACAUAACGGAUGAUGUUGCAGACUUGCCAGUCAUUCAACUUGAUGUGCCAGACGAUAUUUACCCACCGCAGACAAAAUCCUUUAAAAUGAUUGAAUAUGUAUCGAAGCACUUCGCUGACGAUUACGAAUGGUUUAUAAGAGCGGACGACGAUGUGUACAUACGACCGCACAAACUACGUUAUUAUUUAAAGAAGUUAGAUAGUUCGGAAGAUUUGGUCAUAGGUCAGCCGGGUGUUGGUAAAAAAGACGAGAUAGGCAAACUUGGCCUUGGUCCUAGAGAUAAUUUCUGCCUCGGUGGACCAGGCAUAAUGAUGACAUCAAGUGUUUUAAAGAAUAUUGGGCCAAAUAUUGUUGUUUGCCUAAACAACACGAGCACGACGCACGAAGAUGUGGAAAUUGGUCGAUGCCUGCGUCAAUAUGGCGGAGUUAUGUGCCCAUGGGGUUUUGAGGCAAGAGAACUGUUCGUACAAAUCUACGAGCAUCCCUUUCAGGCUUAUCAUGGGGAACUGGAUACCAUAGAAUCUAUCAAAGGUAUUAGCUACCACCCUGUAAAAGAUCCCGCCUACAUGCGUAGAAUGCACGUGUAUUUUAACUCGCACCACGUGCAUCGUUUGAUGUUGCGUAAGCGGUCCGUACAGCGAGCACUUACGAACAUGGCCCCGUUUUUAGAGGGGGAUAUGCAUUGGACAAAAAGUCAGCGAUUGUUAUCUGAUCUUAGCGACAAAUCUCAUCGCCAAGCGCGCAACAGCUCGCAGCCUUGGGAGUCGUUAGAUUUUUCUAAAGUGUGGGCUCUUUAUGAUAAACCACCGUUACGUUACAUACACGAUGGCACCGAAGCAGCCAUGAAAAAAGUUGUUGAUUUUGCAAAAGAGACCAUAACUCGUGAAGGAGAACCGUACUUGUACGAGAACAUCAAAUUCGAUAGGUGGCAUAAUGGCUACAUGCGUGUUGACCCAAAAGUUGGCACUGAAUAUCGUUUAGAGAUCGGCACAAGAGCGCAACUGCACGACAAGAAGAUGAAAUUAGUGAUCACGCGUUCUCGCCGUAGCGUGCAUCUGAGACAAACUUUUGACAAGUUUAUUGUGAAGUCCGAGAGGACAUUAGCCAGCGACUCCGCAAAAGCGACGCUUCAUUUUAUUGUGCCCCUCGUGGAUCGCUUAGAAAACCUCAAGCGUUUCUUAAGCAGUUUCGAGUCGGAGUUCCUUGUUCGCAAUGAUCCGGUAAAAUUACUCGUCGUUUACUUUCCAGAUGCUGCACCCUCCGUGCAACAAAAGCAGGCGUUCGAUCGUUACGCUGCGAAGUAUCCUUCUGUCGAAUUCAAAUGGCUGGAUGUAAAAGGACCUUUUAAACGGGCGGUCGCCUUGCAAAAGGGCACAGACUACUUUGGCAACAACUCGUUGUUGUAUUUUUGCGAUGUCGAUUUAGUUUUUCGUCAAGAGUUUGCCGAGAGAUGUCGAGCAAACGCCGUGAUUGGGAAACGUGCGUAUUUUCCUGUUAUGUUUAGUCAAUUCAAUCCGAAGAUAACGUUUGCGAAACGUCCGCAUCCCGGACAUUACUACUAUGCCAAAGAAGCGGGGUUUUGGCGCUGGUACAGCUUCGGACCAGUUUGCGCCUAUGCCAAGGAUAUUAAAGAUUCCGGUGGCUUAAACACGGGACUUAUAGGCUGGGGUUUAGAAGAUGUCGAUUUAUAUGAGAAGUUUUUGAAGCGGUCAGACAUCGAGAUCUUUCGGGCACCCGACCUAGGUCUUGUGCAUGUCUAUCACCAGCACGCAAGUUGUGAUCCGCGAUCUAAUGAGGAACAGCUGGCAGACUGUCGAAGGGCACAGGCUGACAUUUAUAGUUCUGCAUCGUCCUCGGUUGACUAUCUACACGACAAAGGGUACCUUGGGUUUUUCCUAUGAUAAACGAUCCCUUUGGUACAUCGACCUGUUGCAGGACAUCGUGGGAUCUCUGGUAAGAUUAUGGUCACGACGUCCAGUGGUGAACUGUGGUCUUGUAUCGUCUCGUCAGUGCGAAAUUUUCGCUGCCACUUGUCAUCUUUUAUUGAGAAAACAACCCUUCGUCGGAAACAUAUGGCAUAUACAUUGAUAAAAACAAAAAUAUAUAUUUAAGAGGCUGUCGGUAUUUAUAAGCUUAUACAUUAAUAGAGUGCCUCUAGUCAAAUUGAACUGUAAAAUAUGAUUAUUAUUUUAAGACAGAAGCGAUUGAAAUUUGGCAAAAACGAACCAGAAGAGGGUAACGUGAGGAACUGACGUUAUUCGCUGCACUGCAAAAGCGAUGACAUUUUCUUUACAGUAUGAUGUCAGCCCAUAUUUUUCAUCAAAACAUGCUGUAUUUUUUUUCACCAAACUUGCCAUGUCUCAAUUGCUUCCAUAUUUAUAUAUAUUACGAAUAGGAGAUAGAAUGAAAAUAGGAGUUCUAAUUAUUAAUUAGGUUUUCCUAAUUCAAAUAUAAAGUUGAAAUUUAGUUAACAUUUAAAA